AUGAAUUCAGAGGUAGCUACAUUCGUUGUUCGGAAGACGUGGCAUUUGGUUCCACACCCAACCGAUGCCAACAUUGUGACGUGUAAGUAGACGUUUACCCUCAAGUAUCACCUGGAUGGCUCCAUCGCUCGUCACAAAGCUUGUCUGGUCACUCAAGGCUACACGUAGGCAUAUAGAAUCAACUACAUAGACGUUCUCUCUUAUCGUCCAUCUCAACUCCAUUUGCAUGCUCCUCUCUCUCGUCAUCAAUCACAUACGAUCUCUCCACUAAUUAGAUAUUUCUAACACCUUUUUCUACGAUGAUCUUGUAAAGUAGGUCUUUUAUAGAGCAACCUCUUGGGAUAUGUUUCUUAGAGAAAAUAAUCGAAUGUGUGUCUCUUAUGACGUGUCAAACAAAGUCCAUGUGUUUGGUUUGCCAAGUUUAGUGGUUUACUCACCACUUUCAAUUUUACCUACUACACUGCAAACUCCACCAUGCUCAUAAAAAAGACAAAGAGUAAUCUUAUCAUCCUUGUUGUCUAUGUUGACGACAUUCUUGUGAUUGAAAGUGAUGAGGCAAGCAUAUUUACUAUCAAAGUUUACUAUAGUAAUACCUCAACAUUCAUGACUUGAAGAUUCUGUAAUAUUUUCUUGAGAUUGAGUUUGAGUAUUAGGACAGAAAACUCAUCCUCACUCAGCAGAAGUAUACCUUUGACAUACUUUAAGAGAUAGGUCUCUUUGGGUGUAAGUUAGAGACUUUGCCUAUGAAACCUCGCCCACAACUCUAGAACACUUUAUCUCCCCUACUCGAGGAUGUUAAUUGGUAUCAACAAUUAUUGGGCAAGUUGAUAUAUCUCACCAUCACUCGUCCUAAUAUUGUGUACACGAUUAGUGUCUUGAGUCAGUUUAUGUAGGAGCCUUGACAAGUUCAUUGGGAAGGAGUUCUACAAGUCCUUGCCUACAUCAAGCAAGCCCCAAGGAAAGGCUCAUCUAUCAAUGACACGAUCAUCUCUACAUUGUAGUGUACUCUAACGUCAAGUAUGCAAGUGACAAGAGGGACCGAAAGUAUACUACGAGUUAUUGUACAUAAGUCUACUGGUAACCUAGUCACCUGAUGAUUUCAAAAAUAGAGAGUGAUGUCUUACUCUAGUGCGGAAGCCAAGUAUCGAGCCAUGGUUGAGAUAGUGUGGAAAAUUGUAUGACUUCGAUCACUUCUUGACUAUUGAUAACAUGCUAUUUAUGCAUGUAAUUAUAUAAUUAUUAAUGCAAAUUAAGGCAUUAAUCAUUACAAAUAUAUGCAUGUUAUCAUAUUUUAAGUAUAUUUCUAUCAUUUUGUGUAAAUUCAUGUUAUGAUCUUAAAAUACACCAAAUUAUGAAUUAUUAUAAAUAAUUACACAUUAUAAUCUUUAAUCCUAAUUAUAUUUAUGAUCAUAAUCAUGUUUUAAGAGUGAAAAUAUGAGAGAAAAGAUAUUUAUUAACAUUUAUGUAUUUAUAUAAAUUUAUUUUAUAUAAUACAUAA